AUGAUGCAGCAGAUCCUCCGGGACAUGUACAUCGAUCCAGACCUGCUGGCCGAGCUCAACGAGGAGCAGAAGCAAAUCCUGUUCUACAAGAUCCGGCAGGAGCAGGUGCGGCGCUGGACCGAGUGGGACAGCCAGGGCAGCGGCUCACCGGGUCAGCCGCAGGGAGGUGGCAGAAAGGGGGUGCGGUGGCUGCUGGGCUGUGACGGGGACGUGUGGGUGUGGGUGAUGGGCGAGGCCCCUGGAGACACGCCCUACGAGCAGAUUGUGACGGAGCUGAUGGAAGAGAAAGCCAGGCGGCAGGCCCAACAAGAGGCCCAGGAGCUGUGGAGAGCAAAGGAGGCGGAGAUUCAGCGAAAGUUCCGGGAAGCGAUGGCCAAAGAGAAGGCUCGCUUUGUGGCAGGGAAAUGGAGGGAGGAGACAGAGGACAGGAAGGCAGCCAAACUGGAGGAGGACCGCAUCCAAGAGGAGCUCAAGAAACGAGAGGAGGAGGAGAGGCAGAGAGGGGAGGAGGAGAUCCGGCGUACAGAGGAGAGGAGAGCAAAGGAGCUGUACAUUUCUCUGACACAGGAGGAGAAGAGAGACGAGACGGAGGACAGGGAGUGGCAGGAGCAGCUGCGUCGCUCCAAAAGGGCCGAUGAGGAGAUGAGGCGCAAGGCUCGCCGGGCGCGGGACGAGUACAGACGCCACUCGCUGCGUGCCAUCGAGAGGGGCCGGGUGGCGGGGCUCAGCGGCCUGUUCCAGAGGGCCGAGGCGAACGGGUCGGGCCAGAACCGCAGACACAGCGCCGUGAUUGAGCCCUCGUACGCGGCCCAGCCCUCCAGCACCAGGGAGCGCCCAAUGGGCCUGCAGCCCGCCGCCCCACCCCUUUACCGCCGCAGACAACAGAGCCGCAGGCACAGCACUGCACUACCCCACACGGACAGUCCAGCCUGGGUGAGGCCCCCUCGGCCCAGCACUCGGGAGUCCAUUCUGCUGUGGUUCAGAGAGGAGCAGACACCGAAACGAGCCGUGUACGAGCGGAACAGCACAGACGUUGCCCCCUGGUUCCACGGCAUCAUCUCACGUCAGGAAUCAGAGGCCCUGUUGUGGAAUGCUGCAGAGGGCAGUUUUUUGGUCAGGGUGAGUGAGCUGAUUUGGGGUUAUACCCUGUCCUACCGCUCAGCCAGUGGCUUCAAACACUUCCUCAUCGACGCCUCUGGGGACAACUACAGCUUCUUAGGUGUGGACCAGAGCCGCCACGCAAUGCUGGCCGAUCUCAUUGACUUCCACAAGGAGGAGGUGAUCACUACAUCAGGGGGAGAGCUCCUGCAGGAAGCAUGCAGAAAGAGGGGCUCCUCUACAGAUUAUGGGGGUCUGUUGCCAUGA